CACAAGGUCUUUGAAACCCUUGUAAUAGAGGCUUCUGAAGCACUUCUGUGGCCAGGAGAAGAUGGCCCCCCAAAGAAUGUGGCUUCUCCUACUGCUGAGCUGUGUACUCAGCACUGAAGUCCUGGGUGACAUCAUCAUGAGACCCAGCUGUGCUGCUGGAUGGUUUUACUACAAGUCCAAUUGCUACGGAUACUUCCGGAAGCUGAGGACCUGGUCUGAGGCUGAGUACGAGUGUCAGUUGUAUGGAAAUGGAGCCCACCUGGCAUCUCUCCAGAAUGCAAAGGAAGCCAACAUCGUAGCGAAGUAUAUAAGUGGCUACCAAAAAACCAAGCCUGUAUGGAUCGGCCUGCAUGACCCACAAAAGAGCCAGAAGUGGCAGUGGAUUGAUGGGGCCUUCUAUUUGUACAGAAAAUUGUCGGCCAAGUCCGCACGUGGGAACAAGUACUGCGUGGAGAUGAACUCCAGGGAGGACUUUUUAACUUGGAGGAGCAACGAAUGCAGCACGCACCAGCACUUCCUGUGCAAAUACCGAGUGUAGAGCACGAAUCAAGGC